GCGCACGUACGCGAUCUAGAGAAAGUUAAGUCAUACGACGAGAACCCGAGGUCAUCGAAUUCGUCGCUCGCCGAUCUCAAGCGGGAACUCAUUCGGUCGAAGGACGCGCAGGCUCGUUCAAUGUCUUGCACUACCGGCCUCAAAGCAAAGCUUGCGAGCUCAGAUGAAUCUGUUGUUUCCUUGCAGCAGAAGGUCAAACAGCUCGGAAGCAGGUGCAAGCAACGGCGCAAUGAGGCGGAGGCGUUUGAGGAGAGCCUUGCAAGGCUUGUCGAAGGCGGCGUCGCGUGGAGGUCGGGUCUUGAAGAGCAGAUGUAG